CAACGUCGCAUGAAUGGUUGUUAAUUACAGCGCGCUGGCUCGUCAGCAUGACUGGGUCACGUCGACCCGCAUGUUUAUCGUGCAUGCAUCGCCUUUCGUUGCAUGCCAUCCGCUUCCCAGACUACUUCUGACAAUUCACCCCAGUCCAAGAUGGAUCCCAGAGGGUUCGGCCCCGGCCUCAACCUCGGAGUCAGCAUUGCUAUGUAUACGCGAUAUUGCAAGGGUCCAUCAUCAGAAAGAGUCCACAGGAAACCAUUCUAGGGACAAAGAUAAAAGAAUCUCGGCUUGGCCAGCUGCGACUGAUUCUCACGAUGUCUUCGUCCUUGUGGUCUCGCGGUGUCACUCGGCUUCACUCAUUAAACAAAUCCCUGUUCUCAAGGACGACCCAUCGCGACCAUGGGCUCCAGUCAAUCCACCACCAACAGUCCUGGCCCGACCAUGUACACGGCCACGGCGUCGGCGUCCAUCGCGGCGGCGCAAGCCACGGCCUUGACAUUGAGUCCUACGAGCAACGUCAAGGGAAAAACUUUCGACCGUUUUGUCCAAAUUUAUCUUGAGAAUCAGGACUUUGACAUUGCGGCCGGCGAUCCGAACCUUGCAUACCUCGCAACUCUUGGCAUCACGCUCAACAACUAUUAUGCCGUCACGCAUCCAUCUCAGCCCAACUACGUCGCUGCCGUCGGAGCCAGCACGCAUGGCGUUUUCCUCGAUACCGCCACCCGUAUCGGCUCUGACACUGAAACGAUCGUUGACCUUCUCGAAGCGGCGAACGUGAGCUGGAGUGUAUACAUGGAAGACAUGCCCUACUCUGGCUUCGAAGGAGACUACGUGAACCAGGAAAACGGUGCGAAUGACUAUGUUCGCAAACACAAUCCCAUGAUGAGCUACGAUUCCGUCACCGAAGAUCUGAAUCGCCUUGCCAAGUCAAAGAACUUCACUAUGUUCUACAAAGACCUCGCCGCAAACACGCUCCCUCAGUGGAUGUUUAUCACACCGAACAUGACGAACGACGGGCACGACUCCUCCGUGACGGUUGCUGGAACCUGGGCGCGUACUUUUCUGGAACCUCUGCUGGACAACCCAAACUUCAACACCGACCGGACGCUAGUCGUCUUGACAUUUGACGAGUGCGAGAAUUACUUUGCCGAGAACCGUGUCUUUACCGUGUUGCUCGGUGGUGUCGUAGAGGGGAAGGAGGGCACAACGAACUCGACAAAGUUUAACCACUACAGUCUGUCUAAGACGGCAGAAGACAAUUGGAAUCUGGGUAAUCUUGGCGAGAACGAUGUGGAUGCGACACCUUUGGUCUAGCUAGGGUGCCUCUCUUGUAAUGAUAAUGUCGAAGUAAACAUUUAUUAUACUCCUU